AUGGACCAAGAACGUUCCACAGGCUUCAAAUUCCGUCGCCCAAGCAGCAAGCUGCAUAAGGAACCCCCGCAGUUCAAUCGACAAUUGAAAAGCCAGCAGAGCAACCCGUCGCUCAAGAGACACCCCUCUGCCCCCGUCUACCCGCGAAAUUACACCGGCAGCCGAGAACACCUGCGCACUCGCUCAAAUGCCUACGGGUCGUCGUCGUCGUCUUCGUUGGAACAGCAGCACAAUAGCAGUGCAGGCCAUUCACCCGUCGGUGAGUUUCUUUACUCUUCGCAUCGCUCAUCUCAAGGUCGGAGUCCCUACCCUCUUUGGUAUUCAUUGACCAACGACGCCUCAGAUGAGUUAACUGGCCCGCCGUUCGAUGUUCGGGGAAUGUUCAAUGUCCUUGAAGAGGGUGGUGACCCGGCCGAUCACGAAAAGCAGCAACAAAGCGAGCUGUCGGCUACCCGCCGCCCACCGACUCUGCAAUCAUAUCACACCAGCCCAGAUUAUCGCAGCAACCAGACCCUGCGCCAGUCUGCCAGCUUCACAGCCCUGAAUAAUCCACCCAUGGACACGGCGCUUCCUCAAAUCCAAGAUGUGCCGUCGAGCUCCAAGAGAAACUCCGAUGACGGCACCGGCACCAAGCCGCGAAGGAAGGGGACAUUCUCGAGUUUUGUGAAUAGCGUUCUGGGCUCACCGCGCAACAUCAAGAUCUCUGCGCCUGAGAACCCUGUUCAUGUUACCCAUGUUGGUUACGACAACCAGACCGGCCAAUUCACCGGUCUGCCCAAAGACUGGCAGCGGAUGUUACAAGCGAGUGGGAUUUCGAAGAAGGAGCAGGAGCAACACCCACAAACAAUGGUCGAUAUCAUGCGCUUCUAUGAAAAGAAUGCUGCUGGCGCAGGAGAUGAUGAAGUCUGGCACAAAUUUGACCACGCUCAUCCCCGACACGGCGAAUACCCAGAUGCUAUCAGUCCAACUCAAAGUCCUAUUGCUGGUGGACCGGCUUCCGCGACAGGUCCGCGAUUCCCCCAGAACCAUGAGGGUAGCUUUGAAAAUCCGCGCGCUGCUCCGCCAAUUCCGAAACCUGCACAGACUUCCCCCGCGCCAAUCUUGUCGCCUGCGAUGCUCCCCCAUCGCGCCGCUCCAAAAGCUCCAACAAGCGUACCGGGCAUCGUUCCCUCUCGGCCACCACCACAGCCUCCUCUUGUAUCAAGCAAAGCCCCGGCCACAACAUCGCCCCCGGAGCCGCUUGCAACACCGCCCAUACCCGAAGAUGAAGAGCUAAUUUCCAACGGCCCUGGUCCAGACGUUGCUGGAGCUAUUCACUCUCCUGUUCAGUAUCAACAGCAGCAGGAACGUGCCAUGGCUGCGGCACAACAGGCAAUAACCAACAAGCAGCUCGAUAGAAGCCGCAGUCAGCGUCAGCAGCAACAGCCGCCUCAAACUCCACAUCUAGAACCGCAGACUACUACUCCUUCAACAACUCCGCCGAUAGCGCAAAGUCCAUUUCCUAAUGGGCAAGUACCAAUUCCUCACCCUUCUCCACAGCAAUCUGCUGCUUCCGCUGCUCGGCCACGACCGCGGGCUCGCCAAAGUAAUGCUUUUGAUGUUCGAGCCAAGCUACAAGCCAUCUGCACGCCCGGUGAUCCCACCAAGAAGUACUACAAUUUGAACAAAAUUGGACAAGGUGCUUCUGGCGGUGUUUUCACUGCGUAUGAGAAUGCUAGUAACAAAUGUGUUGCUAUCAAGCAAAUGAAUUUGGAUUUACAGCCUAAAAAAGACCUCAUUAUCAAUGAGAUUCUCGUCAUGAAAGAUAGCAAACACAAGAACAUUGUCAACUUCUUAGACAGCUACCUGCACGGACUAGAUUUGUGGGUGGUGAUGGAGUACAUGGAGGGAGGAAGUCUGACGGAUGUUGUUACGUUCAAUAUCAUGUCUGAAGGACAGAUUGCCGCAGUAUGUCGUGAGACGCUGAGUGGGUUACAGCAUCUUCAUUCCAAGGGCGUCAUUCACCGAGACAUUAAAUCGGAUAACAUUCUGCUGUCGAUGGAGGCUGAUUUCGGCUUCUGUGCUCAAAUCAAUGACUCUCAGAACAAACGCAAUACGAUGGUUGGAACACCUUACUGGAUGGCACCUGAAGUUGUAACGAGGAAAGAAUAUGGCCGCAAAGUCGAUAUUUGGAGUUUGGGCAUCAUGGCAAUUGAGAUGAUCGAAGGCGAACCUCCGUAUCUCACUGAAUCCCCACUUCGAGCUUUGUAUUUGAUCGCUACGAAUGGCACGCCAAAGAUUAAAGACGAACACAACCUUUCAGCGGUCUUUCGGGAUUUCUUACACUUUGCACUGCGCGUGGAUCCUGAGAAACGAGCGUCGGCUCACGAUUUACUCAAGCAUCCUUUCAUGUCCGUGUGUGAGCCUCUUUCCAGCCUUUCUCCUCUCGUCAAGUCGGCACGCAUCAGCCGAGCCCAGGAAAAGGCCCAAAAAGGCGCAUGA